CCGUCAAAAUGGCGGACCGUGAUCCAAACAGUGAAGUUCAAAACAAUGAUGUUGAAGAGGAGAGAAGUGCAGCGUCACCUGGGGACCCGGACAGAGAGACGGAGGGACAGACGGACGGACAGAGGAGGGAUAAAGCGGCGGAGAGCUCGUGGUCGGCGCCUAUUUUAUCGUUUGCACGAAAAGCGUCUGAAACUCUGAGCAGCGCCGGAUUGCGGAACCCCUUAGUGCCGGGGGCUGAGGCUCCAAACCCGGACCCCACUGAGUCUACACACCAGGCUAUGAAGGAUCCGGUGGCGAUCGAGCGGUCCAAUCUGUUGUCCAUGAUAAAACUCAGUAUAAAAGUUCUGAUCCAGUCCUCACUCAGCCUGGGUCGGACGCUCGACUCGGAGUAUCAGCCUCUGCAGCAGUUUUUUGUUGUACUCGAGCACUGCCUUAAACACGGACUCAAAGUGAAGAAGUCCUUUAUCGGUCAUAACAAAUCAAUCUGGGCUCCUCUGGAGCUGGUGGAGAAGCUGUGCCCCGAGUCUGCCGACCUCGCCACGAGCGUCCGAGACAUGCCUGGACUCAAGACGGGCCUGGGCCGAGCUCGAGCCUGGCUGCAUUUGGCUCUCAUGCAGAAGACAAUUUCGGAUUAUAUGAAGGUUCUUAUAAGCAGGAAAGACCUCCUGGGGGAGUUUUAUGAUCCAGGGGCGCUGAUGUUGGAGGAGGAAGGCUCUGUGGUCGUGGGCAUGCUGGUGGGGCUGAACGUCAUCGACGCCAACCUGUGUGUGAAAGGGGAGGACCUGGACUCUCAGGUGGGUGUCAUAGAUUUCUCGCUGUACCUAAAGGACCCUCAGACAACUGAGACCCCUCAAGAUGACUCUAAAAUGACCACGAUUCUGGACCAGAAGCACUAUAUAGAAGAGCUGAACCGCCACCUGAGCGGCACAGUGACGGACCUACAGUCCAAGAUGGACUCGCUGGAGAAAACCAACUCUAAACUCAUAGAGGAGCUCACGGCAGCGACCGACAGGAUCAAUUCCCUGAGAGAGGAGCGGGAGCAGCUCCAGCAGGAGAACACCAACAUCCUCGAAACCAGCCAGAGGAAAGAAGAGGUGACUCUGCAGGAUAACCAGGUGGAGCUGGAGACCUACAAGCAGACCAGGCAAGGUCUGGAUGAAAUGUACAACGUGGUGUGGAAGCAGUACAAGGAGGAGAAGCGCAUCCGGCAGGAGCUGCAGAAGGAGCUGGACCUCCAGGUGGGUCUGAAGCAGGAGAUGGACGUGGCCAUGAAGCUGCUGGAGAAGGACAUUCAUGAGAAACAGGACACACUGGCGGCGCUGAGACAACAGCUGGACCAGGUCAAGAAUCUUAACCUGCAGAUGUUCAACAAGGCACAGGACACCGACAGCGUGGUGCAGAAGAAGGACGAGGAGGCCGUGAAACUGGAGGAGAAGAUGAAAGAGAUGGAAACAACGAUGAAAGAACUGGAACUGAGGUUACAGAACUCUGAGAACGGAAGGAAGAGCACGGAGGAGAGUCAGAGAGAGCUGUGCUCAGAGAUGAAGGCCAGAGUGGACUCUCUGCAGAAACGCCUCAGCGACCUCGACACACUAAGGGCGGGGCUGGAGGCGGAGUUAAGCAGGGAGAAGGAGCAGAGGCAGAGUCUUCAGAGAGAUCUGCAGCGCGAGCAGGAUAACAGCGCUGAACUCCGCACACAGCUGCAACAACUGCAGGGCCUUCAGAUGGAGAUACUGGACCUGCGUCAGGAGAAGAAACAGCUGCAGCAGCUGUGUGAGGAGCAGGAGCAGGCGCUGCAGGAGAUGGGACUUCAUCUCAGCCAGUCCAAACUGAAGAUGGAGGACUUUAAAGAAGUUAAUAAAGCAUUAAAGGGUCAGGCCUGGCUGAAAGACGACGAGGCCACGCAGUGUAAGCAGUGCCAGAAGGAAUUCUCAAUCUCUCGCAGAAAACAUCACUGUAGGAACUGCGGCGACAUUUACUGCAACAGCUGUUCCAGUAACGAGCUUGCGCUGCCGUCGUACCCCAAACCGGUGCGCGUUUGUGACGUCUGUCACGCCCUCCUGCUCCAGAGAUGCUCCAGCAGCUCCUGACGCUCAUCGUCUUAUAAAACAGCAAAUGUGACCUUACGAGUGGCCGACUAGAUAAAUAAUAAAUAUGCAUUGCCGUUUUUAAGGGGGUCCAAAAGGUUUUUAGCCAGCACGUGAUGGAGGAAUUGGAGAAAAAAAAAAGUCAUAUGCAAAGUUUUUUUGUAAUUUCUUCUACAGGGAGAAUUUUGUAAGAAUAUUAACACAGUGAAAUGUGAUGUAUGAUCAUACUAAUGGUAAUGAUAAUGAUUUUAUUUUUCUCUCUUUAGCCUUUAAUCUCCAUUUUAAGGAGAAAAAAAACUAAUGACUUAAAAAUAACACUUUUUUUCGUAAUCUUUCGAAAACUUGCAAAGGGAAAAGGUCCAAGAUUUCUUUUCAAUCACGUCAAUCAUUUUCUAAAUGUGAUUAUAGGAAAUAUAAAUAAAGUGCUUUUCUUAAAACCGUGUUGUACGAGAUUGGAACCAACUGCCCGCAUGUGCAAUAUCAUUAUAAAUAAAACAAUCUAUAAAGCAGUUUUUUAGGCUGGGUUGUAUUUAAACAGAAGCAAAUAAGCUACUAGUGAUGAGAAAGAUUUGGCACAGGACUUAGAGAAUCUGAUGAAAAGACAAUAGACACUGGGUCUUACUUAUUAAACUGAUUAACAUGCAAAUUAUUCAUGAAAAUUCAUACAGUAUAUGGUCUGGUCAAGUCAAUACAAACUGCUGUAUAAACAGAAAUUAUUAGUCCUAUAUAUUAUUAAAUAUUUUUAAUUGGAAGAAUCUAGGAUGGGAAAUAAAAUCGAUUGUUAUAAAGCACGAUUCCUUUGUCUCGUGAUUCACGUAUCGCCACAAAAUAGAUUUUUUAUUUUUUUUUA